AUGGAGUUUGAGAGAGUGCUUAAGGAAGUGGGUGGCUUCGGCCUCUUCAACAAAACCAUCAUGAUGCUGGCUCUGGUUCUGGCCACGGGAAACACGGCGCUUUCUUACUUCUUUCACGUUUUCCUACUCAUCGCGCCAACUAGCCAGUGGUGCUUCGUGAACGGCACUGCUCUCGAAGACUUUGAUGACUUCACAGCGCUGCCGCAGCAGCGCUGUCAACUGGUGAGCAUGUCCGGCAACGGCGUAAACAUUACCAGCGUCGACGGCAGUGCCCAGACGUGCCCAACGGGAUGGAAGUUCAACCCAGCCGAGUUCUUCACAUCAGUGGCGAUGGAGCGUUUUGUGCGGGCCAUCCACGCAGUCAUGGAGUACACCGUAGCUGAAAGGAGGACGCUGAUGGCCUUCAUAUGGAGCCUCACCUGGACUGUAUUCGGCGUGAUGGCACCUUGGUACGCCUACCUGCUACAGAACUGGAGGGCCCUUACCGAAACGACGGCGUGCUUCAGCGCUGUUCUUUUCAUGGUCACACUGUGGCUUCCCGAAUCCUCCAGUUGGCUACUGUCGGUAAACCGCAACGAAGAGGCCUUCACCACUCUCCAGAGGAUCGCGCGCAUCAACGGCAAGGAUGUCUCUCAAGAAAAGUUCGCCAUAUUUUUACAGGCAACAGCUAAUGAUGUGCAGACACAGAGGGACGCCGAAAAGCCUCCAAGCUUCUGGCAUGGUACCAUGGCAAUGCUGAAGUCUCCUAACAUCCGCAAGAUUUCGCUGUUGAUAUACGUCGCCUGGUUCAUGAUCAGUAUCUGCUACAAUGGGACCACCGUGCAGCUUGGAACACUUAGCUUGGACUUGUACACCACCUACUCGGUCGCCUUGGCGUUCGAGCUUCCUAUGAACAUUUUCUGGUCAGGCACUUUGACUCUCAUCAUGGUGGCCCUGCUGACAAUGUCAUUCUCCGGCGGCUACAAUAUCACGUACCAGGUGGCGUCCGAGGUGUUCCCCACUGUCAUCCGAGGCCGCGCCGUGCUGCUUCAGAGAAUGUUGGGAGAUGUGGGCAGCCAGCUCGGAGCCCAGGUCGCCUCCUUGGCUGUGCUGGACGAGUACAUUCCUUUUCUGGUGACCGGAAGCUUGGCCCUGGUGGCCAGCGUGCUUUUGUUCCUGCUGCCGGAGUCGGCGGGCACAGCCCUUCCGCAGACCAUCGAAGAUGGCGAGAACUUUGGCAAAGGACAGGGUAUCUGCUUCUGCCCGCUCUUCGCCGGUGAAUCACCGGCUCCGGAAAAGGAGAAGCCAUCCUUGAAUGAAUGGACUGGCAUCCUCUCACUCCACAAGAAGAAUAUGCCGGUGACCCAGAAGCCUGCCAGCAACAAAGGCUUUGAACAUGACUUAGUUGUACCAACAAUAUACAAUUCAAUUAAGUGA